CAACAAUAGUACAAGCAUUUAAUCCACCCAAGGUUUCUCACUUUGGUCCCUCCCCCACCCCCACCUCCUUUCUCUCAGGAUUUCGUCCAAGUAUGAAACCUUUGUUGAUUGCACAAACAUGAACAUGUUCAUGGGCUUUGAUCUCACAAACCUGAUACGUUUUUCCCCACUGAAAUAAUUUUUCAAUGGAUCUGGUGAAGCAGGAACUAUACAUCCAUGAAUCAGAAGCUCUAUCUCCCAUCAAGAAUCCUCCAACCUCACUGUUUGGCUCACAUUUGCACUCUUCACACACUAGUUUCCCCAUAAUAGCCGUUGCCGUUAUUGGCAUUUUAGCCACAGGUUUCUUGCUGGUGAGCUACUACAUUUUUGUGAUCAAAUGCUGCUUGAACUGGCACCGGAUCGAUCUUCUGGGACGGUUUUCAUUCUCCCGAAGACGGGCUGUCGACGAUACUUCAACCGUUUACUCUCCUGCAGUCGAAAAUCGGGGCCUGGAUGAGGCUGCAAUCAGAUCAAUCCCAAUUCUUGAGUUCAAGAAGACUGCCCCUGGGGAAAAAGAAGCUGCAGAAAGAAAGUCGUACGAAUGCGCAGUUUGUUUGAAUGAAUUCCAAGAGGAAGAGAAGCUCAGAGUAAUCCCAAACUGUGGCCAUGGUUUUCACGUAGAUUGCGUCGAUGUUUGGCUUCAGAACAAUGCCAACUGCCCUAUUUGUAGAACAGGUGUUUCAGCCUGCACCAGGCCUGAUAUAAGUCUUCGGCCUUUCGGUCAAAUUCUUGAUACAAGCUCUUCUGCUCAAAUUCUUAUUCCUUCGGCAGAUAACUGCACAGACAGGGACGAGGAAGACUACGUGGUGAUUGAAAUAGGGUAUGAAGACAGGCACUAUAGUCCAUCUUCUUUCAGAAUUAAUCAAGAAACAUUGAAUUCAGACGAGCUUUUAUCGAUUAGUCCUUCUCCAAGAAAGUCGGCACAGCCCAAGAUUUCACGGGAGAUACAGAAAAAGUUCAGCCAUGUCGCGAGCAUGGGAGAUGAGUGGAUUGACAGUAGGCAGAAAGAUGAACGAUUUGCAGUGCAGCCAAUAAGGAGGUCUUUCUCCAUGGAUUCAGCAGCUGAUAGGAAACUUUACUCAGCUGUUCAAGAAAUGAUUCAGCAAAAUAGACAAGUAAUUUACGAGGAUUGUCUUAAUGAAGACAGCAGCAGCAGCAGCAGCAGUAGUAGAGUUAAGAGAUCAUUCUUUUCUUUUGGGAAUGGAAGGAGUUCAAGAAGUGCAGUUCAACCAGUCUGUUUAGACCCAUAGCCUAGAUGGUUGUUUUUGUUUUUUGGUGUUUUUAUUAUUUAUUUUAGGUAUAGAAAAUAGAUGUUAGAUUUGUCAAGAAACUAUAAAAUUAGCAAUAAAUUCAUUAGAUUAUUUGUAUUGUUUUUUCAUUUUUUUUUUUUUUGGGAGAGAGGAGGAUUAUAUAGUCUCUAGACAAUACCACUUAUUCACUUUUAAUCUCUAAACAAUCCCCCCUUAUUUUUU